AUGGCCUUGUACGACAAUAAACAUUGGCUUCUUUCAUACAUCCGUGACAGUUUUAUUUCUACAGAUGACACUGGUAUGUGUGAAGCUGUAAUGCCGAGAGAAGAUAUACCAAAGCAAUUAAAAGCCAACGGUGCUCAGUGUUAUCUAGGAUUUGAAGAGAGCGAUGAUGAAGAUCUUGAUGCUUUGUCUGAGUCAUACGAUAUACAAAUGGAUAUGAGUUUUGGUCACAGACCAAGAUCAAAUACUGCUCAGAAGCUUGAAAAAAUGGAGCUUGAGCGUAAAAAAGCUGCUAGAGUUAAACAUAUAAAGUGGGAGUCAAGAUCUGUACGUUUGACUAAAGAAGAAAUUGCUGAGUUGUUUCAGCAAAAAGAUUUUCGUAAAAAAAAUAACAGUAAUGUUAAAAGACAGUCAUUAUUGUCUGAACAAUUAGUUAAAUGUCCAUAUAUUCCUGUUAAUCGUUUUAUAGAAUACGCUAAAUUCGAUGGCAGUGGUUUAGUUGGAGUACCAGUGCGUAAGUAUCGUAUAUUUAUGUGUAUACUUCCGAAAGAAGAGCGAGUUUAUCCAAUGCAAGUUACUGUGAUUUGCUCUGCAACGGUUGAAGAAUUUAUCGGUUUAAUAUGUUAUAAGUAUGCUACAGAAAAUCCUAACCAUAAUUUAAUAAAAGAAAUAAAUAAGUAUGGCUUGUAUAUAGCUGAAGAUGAUGGAGAAGUAGAUGGGGACUUUCCUUGUCUAGACCCGAGAGAAAAAAUAGGUAAAUUUGAAUUUUCCGCUUUGGGAUUAGUGGAAAUGCGUCUGAGUGAUCGACAACGUCAUGAGCCAACUGGACCCGUUCUUCCUGUGAGUACUGGUGAAAUUAGAGAGGCAACUGAAAAAGAACAAGAAAUUUUCGCCCAAGAUUUAGCGAGAAUGAAAGGUGAUAAAAUAGAAAUAGAUCCUUUAGUAACGAGCAAAAGUGCUUAUAGGUUUUGGAAUCGUCAGCACCGUGUCAGUUAUCAAAUGGAAAACAUUGCGUGGUGUGAAAUUACCGAAACUAAAGGAUCUAAAUCAUCAUUUACUUUAGUAUAUACUAAUCCGUCGACUUCUGAUAAUAUAGGUGUUUCAUCAUUAAGUUCACCAUCUCUUCAUCAAUCAAUGUCAUUCAAAACCCAUGAUUUCGAAGCUGAGUCAACGGUAGCCGAAGAAAUAGUUAGAAAAAUAAAUCAUAUAUUAGAAUUACGAUCAAACAAUGCGCGCAAAGAAUUUAUAGCUCACAGAGAACGUAAAUCAAUGAGGCGAAAAAGUUUUCAUCUUCAUAGGUGA